AUGUCCACAACCCUCACCCAGUGGCUCAAUGGGAACUGCCUAGUAGUAGGUCACCCUGGUCAAUGGCCGAGUGGAGUAUGGGAUUCUACAACUAUGCAGUGUCAAGCUCAGGGAUGCCCGAAUGUCAAACGGAGCCAGUGUGUUGAGUCACUGGAGAGCCAACAACCCAACGGUGGUGGUGAACCCGGACCAGUUCAUGGUCCGGGAGUUGAGCAGUGGGGUUCUCAUACCGGUGCAGUUUUUGAAGAUCGUCCAGCUACCUCGCGAAAUCAUCGCCACGCUGGAGCAAGCGAGGAACGAGAGACGCCGCCACCGCUAGGAGACACUUCUCCUCACCGCAGAACACAGAAUAUGGCUGGAAAUUCAAGAAAAAGCUCGAGAACAAAAGCAAAAAAGAAGAACAGUAAACAUACUCGUAGCUCCAAAAACAAGCGACGAAGUGUGAAACGAUCGGGAACAAAAUCCAGGACUCGAAAUCGGACGAAAACCCAGACUACAUCAAAAAGCCAUACAGUAACCCCGGAGAAAUCGGAUGAGAGGAAGAGAAAAGAGAAGGGGAGAGCCAAUGAAUUCAAGGAGAAGGAGCCAGAUUCAGAGGGAAGAAAAACUGAGGAACGAGGAGGAACCGAGAGUAUAUCGAAGAGUAAAGGAAAUCAAGUGGUUCAAUCUAGUCAAAUUGAGCAGACGAAGAAGAUCGAGGUUAAGAAUAUUGAGCCAGAUGCGGAGCAAGUAAAACGGAUGUUGAAGAAGAGAUCCGACCCCAUCCGCACUGCUCGUGACGUUCGUAAGAAGCAUGCUGCUGCAACCACCACAACAACUACCCAAGAUUGUUGA